UACAGUUAAAAAAAUAUUGUUAAUAAUAUCAUUUGUCAUAUUCUUCUGAAUAAUAAUCUGGGUUCAUAAUGGAAGAAAGAGAAAAGAGUUUCAGCUUCAAUGCUUUAAAUCUCCAGCACUUCUGGAAACCAGACCCUUUGUGCUCCAUUCAAAAGGUCAUGCCAAAGGGCUUGGUGUCUACACCUCUUGUGGCCAGUAAGGAAGACGUGCUGUACUGCUUUGUUCUUUUGGAGCAUGUGCACCAGCAUCCAGGCCUAAUCAACCAUGACAAUCUGCUGUGGCUUUGUGAGGAUGUGGCUGUUAUACAGUGUAGUAGACAGCUCUUCAGGUUCAUAGCCAAUUUCCUGCAGUCUGGGACUAUACUACUGCCAGAGCUGUUCAACGAAUAUGAAGAAUUGGUUGAUGAAGCCAGAAUGGUGGGCAUGACUGAAUUUGUAGAUGCACUGCAGGAACUGAGUGAUUGGAAAGACAGGAGCAGCUCGAGCGACUCUAGUUCAGAAAGUACAAUGUGCUGUGCAGUGGAGCCACUAUAUGUUUUGAGUUUGGGUCUGUUGGUGCAGUAUCCAGACUCCUCACUGGGUCAGUUGUGUGUGGAGAGCAAUCUGGAGGGCAGCAGACUCUACAUUACAGGCAAUGGAGUGCUCUUCCAACAUGUGGAGAACUGGUUGGGAACAUCACGUCUACCUCUGACAAUGGUUGCAGAAGAACUGCCUUGCCUAUGUAUUUACCUCGACAAUCAGGACGAAGUGUACCUGGCUAUCAGAGAGGCUAUGAAAGAUCUCUUCCACAGGAGGGAAACCAGUUAUAUGAGUGCUAUGUCUUGCUCUGCCUCAGUGUUAACAUUCACCCUUUAUAAAGUGGUGAAGGUUUAUGUUGGAACUCACUGGUAUGCUACAUACUUCAAAACUCUUAUAAAGCAUCCAGAACUCCUCUCCAAUUUCACCAAGAGUAAAUGGAUUGUGUUUGGGGAGAGCCUACUGGUUAAGGGUGACGGCCAAAUGUUCCGGCACAUUCUUGACUUCCUGAGAUGCGGACGCCUGCUGCUGCCUGCGGACUUCAGGGAAUGGCCUUUACUGUGUCAGGAGAUUGAGGCGUUCCAGAUUCCCGCUCUGACCAGCGCAUUGCAGAACUCCUCAGAAUACAGGGCCUGGUGUAAAGAUUGGCCGCAACCCAGGAGUCUCUGCACAUCAUGGAAACAUGAAGACAUCUCGGAUUCUAGUCUCCACAUUGAGGAGUCUGUGGACGAAUAUGAGUCUCUAUCAUUUCAAAGGGAAAGCCCAGACAACACUCUGCUUUCCAGUGAAACGUCCAGUACACGCUCCGAGAAUGAGGCUCUGUGUGUUUCUGCUGGUGUAUCAGGAAUAACAGAAGUGAGACCUCCUCGAACAGAAAAGGCGGAGAGAACAGAGGAAAUCUCGCUGACACCACUCGUGAGUCACUCACCUCAAGUGGCCGAAGUUAGCAGCAGCUCACAUGCUCGUGAAGAACUGCUGAUUAAGAACGGCAGCAAGUGUCCCCCUGAGAGCACAGCAUGCAGUGGCAGCAAGGACAUCUCUGAGUAUAACUGGUACAGUGAUAAAAUAGCGUUCAUAUCGCCUAUAAUGUGGAAAACAAAGCAGGAGAAGGACAGUCCUUUGCUGGAGCGUAUGACUUUGUUAAUGGAGACCUCAAUACUUUCAAGAUAUGAGCUCAUGCAGAUGUUGAGUCCAGAAAUGUCUGGCCACACAGCCGCUCUGAUCACAUCGUUCUGUAACAACUGGCAGAGCUGCAAGGAACAACAACAAAGCAGUAACACAGGCAGUGCAGAGAUGACACACAACACACAUAUAAACAGAGAACUCAGUCAGAAUCCCAACACAGAUCAGAUGGCUAUUCAGGGGGCAUCUGUAAGUGGGAGUGUGCUUCCCCUCUCCAGCUGCACAUCGUCUGUGAGUGGGUGCGUGUUAACUGUGGAUCAUCCUGCAGUGCUCGGGAGAGGAGAGGCAGGGGGAUACUUUACCCAGAGUGUCAUCUACACAGAUGAACACCCUCAGAAGAUACAGGAUGCCAGGGAAGAUGGCCAUGAUGUUGCAUUUGCUCACUUCAGUAUGACUUAUGAAGAAAUGGUAUACGCUCGGCAGUGUCAUGCCUUUCUUACUAACACCAUCUUAGACUCCGGCAGAUCCCACCCGAACGACAGAAUAGUCCAGCUUGUCAUUCACCUUUGGACAGGUCAGAUGGAAGUGGACAACUUUGUGCAGGAGCUUUUGACCAUGAUUAGAGUCAGCCCCAAUAAACAGCUGGAAAAGCAAGAGAGGCUGGUGCAGUGGGUAAAGUUUACUCUACCACUGGCAAAGAGAUACACAGAGUGUGUAAGAGAGUUAAUGAGGAAGACCUCCCUCCAUGCAGUCAGCCUGUUUCCUCCAGACCUGCUGGAAGGCACCAACAUGCAAGAGGAUGUAAAGCAGUGACCAGCGCCCACUGGGUAGCACAACCGGCUUUGACUGACCAAGGGUGAGAGGAAAAUCUCUUCAGAAUUCCUUG